CGUCCGUCCGGCCGGGCCCCCCCGUCCAGCCGCGACCCCCCGUCUGAUUCCCGGCCUUUCCCGCCGCUCCUGGUGGCUCCCCCUCCUCCUCCCGCAGCUCCUCCCGCAGCUCCUCCCGCAGCCGCUGGUCCUGCUCCUCCGUCCGGCCCGUGCCCGCCGGCAACCCGGGAUGUGCGGGUCACAGGAUGCCCCAUCGCACCGGGCCCAGGUUUAAGCCAGUCAAGUACGUGCCCGUGGCCACCGCCGCCGCCUUGCUCGUGGGCUCCAGCACCCUCUUCUUCGUGUUCACGUGCCCCUGGCUGACCAGAGCUGUCUCCCCGGCGGUACCCCUCUACAAUGGCAUCGUGUUCCUCUUUGUGCUCGCCAACUUCAGCAUGGCUACCUUCAUGGAUCCGGGCGUGUUCCCUCGAGCCGACGAAGACGAGGACAAGGACGAUGACUUCCGGGCUCCGCUCUACAAGAACGUGGACAUCAAAGGAGUUCAAGUUCGGAUGAAGUGGUGCUCCACGUGCCACUUCUAUCGGCCCCCGCGCUGCUCCCACUGCAGCGUCUGCGACAACUGCGUGGAGGACUUCGACCACCACUGCCCGUGGGUGAACAACUGCAUCGGCCGUAGGAAUUACCGCUACUUCUUCCUGUUCCUGCUGUCCCUCAGCCUCCACAUGGUCGACGUCUUUGCCUUCGGCCUGUUCCACGUCCUCCACCACCUGGGGAAACUGGGAGCCGUGCACGCCACCAUCACGAUGGGUGUCAUGUGCGUGGCCAGUCUCUUCUUCAUCCCCGUCAUCGGCCUCACCGGCUUCCACAUUGUGCUCGUGGCCCGGGGCCGGACUACCAACGAACAGGUGACGGGGAAGUUCCGUGGGGGCGUUAACCCCUUCACACGAGGCUGCUGCGGGAACGUGGAGCGAGUGCUGUGCAGCCCCCUGGGUCCCCGCUACGUGGCCGAGCCGUCGCCGCUGAGGCAGCAGCUGGCGGCCAGCCUGGGGCCCCCCUUCUUCCGCCCCGAGCCCCUGGAGCGGACGACCGUCGGGAAGAGGACCGACAACGGAGUCGAGGCCCAGAUGAGCCGCAGCAAGUCCAGGACCAGCUUGGAUGGGCUGGACGAUGAGGGCCUGGACCUGCAGCCCCCACUGCCCCCCAAGGGAGACCCCCGCCAGUACAGCGAGCUCAUCACCCAGCUGGGGAGCAGUGAUGAGAGCUGUCUGCACCCCCAGCUGACCAGCCCCCCAACACCGGCCAUGUACAAGCAUCGCCCAGGUUUCGGGAAUCCCUCUCUGGUCCAUUACCACGCCGCAGGGGACCAGGUGACGGUGCAGGAGACGGCGCUGGGCGGACCCUGCGGGAGAAGCUUUGACUCUCAGUCGGAGCUGAGCCUGGACCUCCCUGACUACCGGCCCCGCGGGCCGCCGGGCCCCGGGCCCUCCCCGCCGCACGCCGGCUCCUUCGCCGGCAACUCGCGCUCCCUGAGCCUCAAGUCGGCUGGCCGCCGGGGCGGGGACCACCUGGGUCCGCCGCUCGCCCCGGCGCCCCCGUCGGACGGGGCACCCGCCACCCCGGCCCACCACGGCUUCGCCCCCGCCCCGCUGACCAGCCGCGGCGGCAGCCUCUCCUACGACAGCCUCCUGAACCCCGCCUCGCCGGCGGGCCGCGUGGGUUGCGGGAUCGGGCCGGGCCACCGCUCGCCCUACCCGACUGCCAAGGCCUGCCGCCUGGGCGGCGCGGGCGAGCUGCGGCGGACCUUCAGCCCCGUGCCCUCCCGCCCCGCCUCGGCCGCGGCCGCGCCCCCCCGUGAGCCCUCGCCCGUGCGCUAUGACAACCUGUCCCAGACCAUCAUGGCCUCCAUCCAGGAGCGCAAGGACCGCGAGGAGCGGGAGAGGCUGCUGCGCUCGCACACCGACUCCCUGUUCAGCGAACCGGGUGCGUUCGACGCGCCGGCUCCGUACGGCCUGCGGCCCCUCUCGCCCCCGCUCUCCGCUGUCCCCCCGCCCCCCGAGCCCCCCCGCGGCCGUGCCCUGCGCCCCGCCACGUCCCGCGACAGCUUGCUGGCGGCCGCCGGCUUCGCCGCCCGGUGCCCCCUGCCCCCAGCCUCGCUGGCCCCGCUCUCGGGCCCGGGCACCCGGACCCUGCGGACCUCCACCCCGACCCUGCAGGCCGAGCUGGCGGCCGGACUGGUCCGCGCUCACCCGGCCCUUCAGGGCCGCCUGAGGAACGGCGGUUGCCCGGCGCCCGGGCCCCCGAUCCCGCCGUCCCCGCCCGGCGGGCCCCGCUCCCCGGCCUUCGGGCCCGCCCAGGCCGUCUCCUUUGUCAGCACCGUGGACGCCGCCGAGCCCCAGCCCCUCGGGGCCCAGAGGGGGCGGACGGGCGCCUGCAGCCGAGGAUGUGGCGUCGGCGGUCCGGUGGGCGCCCGGCCCCCCGGAGUCCCCCUGUGCCGCUCCCACCCCGACGGCGCCGCCCGCCUGACGGCCUCCGGCCCCUGCCCGCCGGUGGCGGCACCCCAGCUGGCCGCGGUGUGCCGCCUGCACUCGGUCGCCUCCAGCCUCUUCCCGAGCCUCUCGUGGUCAGACCGGGACUCCAAGUGACCGUGGCUCGCCAGGGGCCGGCACGUCCAUUCCGAAGGCGAGGACCCAGCCCGGGCCUGGCGGUCCGGCCCGGCUCCGGCCCCGGCCGCCCGGCGUCUCGGGACGCCCCCGACACCCCCUAGGGAGGGCCCGGCAGGAGGUCCCUCAGAGCAGCCCGGCGCUCCCUCCCCUGACCGCCCUCUGGCAGGCCGGGGGAGGGCGUGUGGGUUGGGCCACGCGACGGCUGCCGCGACCCCACCCACCCGCCCAGGACAGGGCGUAGGUCACAGGUGAGAGCCCACGGGUCGGGGCCGGCCGCUCGGUCCCGGCGCCCAGGGCCGUCAGUGGAGCGUGUCCCCCUUCCCGAUGGAGAGGCCCGGCCCAGGGCCCGGACUUGGGUCGGGGACCUGCGGCCGGGGGCUGGAUUGUCUGGGGCGGGUAGCCGACCUGCGUUGUCUCUCCCCUCCGACCCCGAAAGCGCAGCCAGGGGGUUCACCCUCACGGUGAAGGAUGGACUCUCCGACUCCCCUGCUUCACCCUCCAUCCUGCCCCUCCCCACUCCAUCCUGUCCCUUCCCCGCUUCAUCCUGCCUCUGUCCGCCCCCUCAUCCCGCCUCUCUUCUCCCCGCCUCCAUGCUGCCUUCCCCUGCUCCAUCCUGCUUCUCUCCCCAUCUCCAUCCUGUCUCUCUCCCCGGAACUCCGUCGCUGCCUAGCCAAGCAGGAGAGAUGGUACACGGAACACCGGAGGGCCCCUUCCCGCUCGUGUGCUCUCAGAUCGAAGAGUCCCGAGAUCCCUUGGGAUCUUCCCAGGUCACAUUCCCCCUUCUCCCCCUGCCAACCGCUGCCCACCCCAGCGGGGUGGAGGCGAGGGGAAGAGACAGGCGACAAAUGCCAACGGGACCGGACUUUGCGGAUCUCCAGUGGGGCCCGUGAGACUCCUUGCACUGCCUUUGGCCCCGAGCAGUCCCUCUCCGGCCCGGUCUGACGGGGGGUCGGGGUGGGGGGUAGGGAGCUGGCCGAGCUCAGCGGCCCACCGGGUCCUGCACCGUGGGGUGCCGCCCGCCCCUUCUGAUCAUCUCCCCUUGUCGUGUUUCCCACCCCCUUCCCUGCAGGAUGGGUCGCCGCCCCCCCCCCCCCGCCCCCGCAUGGCCCCUCGGUGCCCUGUCUCCCUGGCAGGGGUCUCCGAGGCAGCGGGGGCCUUAGGCGGGGGGCAGAGGCCAGGUCGCGAUUGAGCGUGCAGGAGAGGGGGCUGCGCCCGCAACUUGCAUGAGUUUAUUUAACUGUAAAGAGAUUUAAAAAAGAAAAGCCAAAUCUAUUUAUUUUCACUUGUAUUGAAGCAGAGCGGCCCCUAUUUCAAAGACCAAGUCCUUUGAGAAAAUAUAUCCCGGUUGCUGUUGGAACGCCCCCCUCUCCUUUUUUUUUUAAACAAACGAUUAUAUUGUUCUAUAAGCGUAUUUUUCUAAGGCCUUCCCCCUCCCCCUCCCAAUAAAUUUCUGGUGUUUUA